UUCAGAUUGAAUUCUUAUUGUGGACUAAACGACCAACAGCCUCGGGUCGGAGUGUGUGUGUACACAGUUGUUGGCCUUGGACGACUUACUUUCAGUGACUUGGUGUGCCUUGUGAUUCAACUGAGCAAACAGUGGAUAACACACUUGACUGACAGUAGGCCAAGUUAUGCAAGCUCGCAAUACUCAGGAAUAGAAGUCUGUCUGGGUUUAGCAAGUUUUUAUCUGCACUUGCAUUGAAAUACACUCCGUUGUCACGCUCUCGUGGAAGGACGCCGGCCGCCAAACUAACCUUGUCUUUUGCAGUGCAACUUUUAGUGGCCAGAAAGCUGUCUUAAACUGAGCACUACAAAUUUGCAACGGCAGGGAUUCAACUCAUGAGCACGACACAAUGAUGUCUUCAGUGGUGUUAAAAACGUACCUCCGUUGUGGUCUUCGCCGAGUCUUUUCAAUCCAAGAACGCUGUCGGGUAACCACAUCUGGGUCGGACCACGGCGAAAGAGGCCUUUCGGAGGAAGACAAGCGAAUACCCAGAGCUGGCAAGUACAGGUCCCCGUGGAAGAUCUUGAAGGAAGAGUUUGAGGGAAUCAAGACGAUGAAGCCGGCAGGAACGGACGUGCCUCGUGAAACAGACGUCCUGAUUGUCGGUGGAGGCGUAAUCGGCUCGUCCGUAGCCUAUUGGCUGAAGCAGUGGAACCCCUCGGCCACAAACAUCGUCAUCGUGGAACGAGACCCUGUGUACACGCGUGCAUCCACCAUGCUGUCUGCGGGCGGCAUCCGUCACCAGUUUUCCGUGCCAGAGAAUGUACAGCUGUCCAUGUUUGCGACCGAGUUCCUGCGGGACAUCAAGGAGCACCUCAGUGUUAUACAUGAGGGCCCACCUGACGUGCAGUUCAACCACCAGGGUUAUCUUUUCCUGGCUCCGCCCAGAGAUGCACAGCAACUGGCGGCCAAUGUGAACAUGCAGCAGCAGCUGGGGGCGAGAGUGGAGCUGUUGUCCAAGGGACAGUUAGCCGAGAAGUUUCCGUGGAUGAACCUGGAGGGCAUCGAUUGUGGGUCUUUAGGCCUUGAGGGCGAGGGCUGGUUUGACCCGUGGUCCCUGGUGCGGGCGCUGAAGCAGAAGAACAUCAGCAUGGGGGUCAAGUACGUCCACGGAGAGCUCACGGAGUUCACCUUCCAGACCAAGGAGGAUUCCUCCGAGACCAACAAAGACCUGCGGCUCGACUCUGGAGUUAUUCGUGUCAAAGACGGCCGAGAGUUUGAGGUUCGGUUCGCCAUGGUGGUCAACUGUGCGGGGCCCUGGGCGGCAGACGUCGCGGAGAUCGCUCGCAUCGGGACCGGCGACGCUGAGCUACAGAUUCCUUUACCCGUGGAGCCAAGGAAGCGGUUUGUGUUCGUGCCUCACUGCCCGGACGGGCCGAUGUUGGACUGCCCGUUUGUGGUGGACCCGUGCGGCGUGUACGUGCGACGAGAGGGGUUGGGUGGUCACUACAUCUGCGGCUGCUCUCCUGGCUGCGAGGCGGAGGAGCCAGAAAUUGCCAACUUCGAUGUGGACUACGAGUUUUACAACGAGUAUAUCUGGCCCAAACUGGCGGAGCGUAUUCCAGCCUUCAACAACUCCAAGCUCAAGUCGGCCUGGGCGGGCUACUACGAGUACAACUUCUUCGACAGGAACCUGGUCAUCGGGCCACACCCGUACCACAAGAACUUUUUCUUCGCCAACGGCCUCAGCGGCCACGGCCUGCAACACGCGCUGGGGAUCGGCCGAGCCCUCAUGGAAUACAUCACCGAGGGCGACUACCAGACCAUCGACCUGAGUCGCUUCCACUUUGACCGCUUCCUGUCCAGGCAGCCUAUUGAGGAGUCUGGGAUUGUGUGAUUGGCCGUGACCUUGGGCGAUUGGCUGCGACUUUGCGCGGCGCGCGCGUGUGUGUGUGAAUACUGGCGCUGUGUGCUUUGUGAGCAGAUCUGAGCGGGGAAAGGCAAACAAACUUUCGGGCUUGCCAACUAAACUAUAUUUCCUCGGACUGUCUCGGAUUUGACGAUUUGAAAACUCUAUCACCUACACCAAAAACAGUCUCUCUUUAUGUAAUUUUGUUCAUUUUUAGGUGAUCUGAAGGUUUGUUAUAGCAUUGGAUGUCCCUGGUUAGUUUUUGAAAAAAGCUAGCAAGCUUGAACAUUUUUGUUAAUUGAACUGUGCCCAAAUGCUUUUGUGUCCGUAGUCUUUCUGGUCCAUAGGUUAUCUCGUCGGUAUGCUUUCUCAUUUGUAUCUUUUCGGUAUGCUAUCUCAUCAGUAUCUCGUCGGGAUGCUAUCUCGCCGGUAUGCUUCUGAGAUCAGCAAAAAGAGACCCAAGUGCCUUGAUCACACAAACAAACACGGACAUAAAAACAGACAUGAAGAUAGCUGUGCUUCAGGGAUGAAACAGAAGCAUAGGGAAAUGAGGGGAAAACCGUCUACAUCUGACAUUGAAAAUGUUAAAAUCAGUCCAUGGUCCUCCUCAACUGCCUGAAAUGAUACAUCAAAGCGGAGAGCGGGAAAAUAGAGAGGCCUGUUGUGGCGAGAAAUGAGUGACCGACGGAGGAACCCGAUCAGGGUGACCGGUGUGUCGGUAUGUCACUAGUUGACAUCUUCCCACGGACGUUUCACCACGAAUAUUUGGUCAUAGAAAAGGGAUGGUGGGUCGUUGGCGGGUGCUCUGGUGUGGUUUGCUCCUUCUUUCCUAUCAAACUUCUAUCGUCUUUAUCUCUCCU